ACUGUAUUGUAAUUUGCUUUUUCUUUUUUACAAAAACCAAGUCCACCGCCCUUCUCUUACGCUAUAUAUAUUCUCUCUCUCACACUGUCAAGCCAAGAAUUCUGAAAACUCCUUUUUCUUCCAAAAACCCUAACCCACAAACUCAACCCAAAUCUCUCUUUCUCUCUCUCAUAAGCCAUGGCUAUACUGUCAGAAGUCGAAGAAGAUCAAACCCCCACAAACCCAUCGCCAUCAUCAGAGACUGUGAAGCCAGAGAACAAGGAGGAGGUGGCGGCGGCUGCUGCGGAUGAGAAGAAGACAGACGGAAAACGAGCGCCCAAUAAAGGCAAUGGCCUCGAUAUGGAUACAUAUUCUUGGGGUCAAAGCUUGCAAGAAGUUACCAUCAAUGUUACAGUCCCUGCUGGCACUAAAUCAAGGUUUGUUGUGUACGAACUAAAGAAGAAUCAUCUGAAGGUUGGACUUAAGGGCCAGUCUCCUAUAAUUGAUGGUGAGCUGUUUCAGUCUGUGAAGGUUGAAGAUUGCUUUUGGAGCCUAGAGGAUCAGAAAUCCAUCUCUAUACUUCUGACAAAACAGAACCAAAUGGAUUGGUGGAAGUGUUUGGUGAAAGGUGAUCCUGAAAUUGAUACUCAGAAGGUAGAACCUGAAACCAGCAAACUAUCUGACCUUGACCUGGAAACGAGAUCCACUGUGGAAAAGAUGAUGUUUGACCAGCGGCAGAAGUCUAUGGGCCUUCCAACAAGUGAGGAGAUGCAGAAGCAAGAUCUUCUUAAGCAAUUCAUGGCGCAGCAUCCGGAGAUGGACUUUUCGGGGGCAAAGCUAGCUUAAAAGUCUGAGUCAUCGCCUGAAGGAACUGCUGCUGCUCUAGACAUAUAUACAUCUCCGUAGACUGAAGUGUCUUUUUGUGUGGGGAUCCUUUCUUUUCCUUCGGCCUAUUUUAAUUGUUUACGCUUUCAAUAGUAUGGUCUGGUUACUUUGCUCGUGACUUGUUAAUAUCUUGGUUUAUGGUUAAGACAGUACAGUUAAUCUCUCAAAUACUAUCUACAAUACCUAUCCUUUUGGAAAA